UGGAACAUUUUGCUCUUUAUGGAAAAGUGGUUGGCUCUUAAAAGAGCCGUUGUGGUGAAUCUACUGCAGAUUUGCAGCGUUUUCUCGGCGGAAGUUGAGAUAGAGCGUCUCAUUUCCCCUCUCGUUGACAUGGCAACCGUCGGCGUUGUCGGAGGAAGACGCCAAGGACUCGGUUAAUUCUUUUCCUCGCAUUGCCAUCGUUAUGGCGAUAGUUGCACUUGCAGCUUAUUUAUACAGUGAGCAUGCAAUGCCAUUGGUUAGUUUUCCCUCAGUUCGUCCACGUAAACAUGGUUUGGUUUAAUUCGCCCAAUUUCAAAUUACAUUCAUUCCGCCAAUAGCUGAUCGAUUGAUAGGUGAGUGAGGCAGGAUUGGUCAAUUUAAAAAAUAUUGACCCGCCCAACUUUCACAUUACAUUCAAUCAGACGAUCGCUGAUAGGUUGUUUGUUUGGUGACUUAUGAUUGGUCAUUUGUCCAAAGGCGGAGCCUGACAGGUUGGUUUUGUGAGCUACGAUUGGUCAGUUCUUCCACGGUGUGGUGCAUGGUGCUAUAAAUGCUGCUUCGCGUGCCCACUCCCCCCCCUUUCUGCUCGACCGAACAGAAAACUUUUCGAGAGAACGCUUUUUGCAUUGCCUCAGACAAAGACAAAGACAAAGGACCUAAAUUCGACGGAAACUGCAGUUUGCCAUUGUGUUGGACUUCAUCUGCUGACAUAGAGAUGCCACGAAAGAAGGGUUUCCGUAUGCGACGCACACCCAAGGCUACCCAAGCUGUUGACUGUGCAGUUGCAACAAAAGGUAGGGAAGAAGUAUCUUCACUGUCACCAGUGGAGGUACCAACAGGUGGGUUACAAAAGGUGGUCAAAGGGUCAUUUCAUUAAGGCAAUACAAGGUUUAAGUAUGCAGGAACACAGUGUAUGGCGAUUGCCUUUUGUGCCACUGCUUUACACAGUAUUAAAAAUGUCUUGUUGUGGGAUACUGCUGAUCUUGACAUGGCUGUUGUUGAAGGUGAUCAGUUGUAUGCUACUCUAAGGGAACGUCACGUAAUUAGUCACCCAUCCCACUUUUUGUGUGCCACAGAAUUGCCCAAACAGGAGGUGAUUGCUGGACACAAAUUUGAGUUUUGUGUGAAGGAUGAUUAUGCUUUAGGUGAUGUCAAUGUAGUUUCUGGCUAUUAUAUUGAAAACGGGAUUCAUGUCACUUUGCAUGAUGCUUUGCACACAAUGUUUGGCAAGUACAGCACAUGCAUUCUUACAGUUUGUCAAAGUAGUUGUGCCAUCAUUUGUGAUGCUGGUCAGUAUUGUCUGGUGGAUUCGCACUCGCGUAGCUGUAAUGGCAUGGUGUGCAGUGAUGGAACCAGUGUUGUUCUGUUUUGGUGGUCUUGAUGCCCUUGCUAAUCACAUUAGCAAUUUGGCUGCAGGGUUUGGUGGAGCAGAGAAACUUUUUGAAAUAGCUGGUGUUGUUGUGACUGUUGUGGCUGACAGGAAACGUCACUUGGAGAUGAUGACUGGUGAUGAUGGCAAAAAGUUUAAAAUGGCUGACAUUUCUAGUACAUGUGCAUCUGAUGUUGAGAUCAUCAGUGUUGUUACCACACAGCAUGCCUUUUGUCCAAUGCUUCAAAAUGACUCCAAAGAUGUGUGCCAACUUUUGAAUAUAGAUUGUGAAGUCAAAACUGUGCCUGUCAAUUUGCGUGUUGGACCCUUGGGAGCUCCCUGUAAAAAGGAGAGCAUUGUUGCUGACGGCAACUGUUUUUUCCGUGCCAUAUCACAAGCAGUGAGUGGCACACAGAAAAAUCACAGGAGAAUUAGACUCCAUGUGGUUAAACAUAUGGAAAAGCACUGUGGAGAUUAUGAGAAGCUUCUCAGGAGUGAGUACAGUUGUUUGACAGAGUAUAUUAGAGUUUCCAAAAUGAAAUAUGUCAAUAGCUGGGCAACUGAGGUGGAAAUUCAGGCUGCAGCGGAUAGUUUAGGAAUAAAUAUCUUUACUUUUUACGGUGGUCGUUGGUUGAGAUAUAGUUCAAGGUCAGAAUCCAGUCGUGGGAUUUAUUUGGACAACUCGAGUGGUAAUCACUACGAGUGUGUGACAUGUGUCAAUGAGGGUCAGUUAGGAAGUUGCUUUGGCAUUUGUCAGAAUGGUACAUCCAGGGCUCUACGUUAAAAACAAAAAUGACUUGCCCAUGGGGAAUCCUUAAGGUGAGAACUACUUGCCCAAACUUGCCCCAUGUAAAAUGAAAAGACUGCCAUAAUGAUAUCAUAUAUCAAUAUAUGCUGAUAAUUCAUCAGAUAAUAGUACUGAUGCAUUGUAUUUGGAGGAAUGUCUGAAAAAUUGUGGAGAUAUAUGUUAACAUGGCAAGCCAUGCUACCUUACACAUGGUAGUCGUAGUAAGCAGUGAUAUUUAUAAGUUGUGCACCACAAUGAAACAUUAUUGAAUAGACACAUUUGUGUACUAGUAAAGUGUUUUUAAUCCAGAAAAAAUGCUCAAUGGUCAAACAAUAAUUUGUGAAGCAAAGGUGAGAAAAAUACACAGAAAUGAAACCGCUAGGUUUUGUAGCUUGUGCAAAAUCAGCACUUGGUAUUGGAUCUAAUGGGUGGUGUUUCAUUGUGACCACUUCAAAUUGUCACAGCAAUGUGAUUCACUCACCUGUGCCAUCAUUUGAUUUGCUGCCGCUAAUAAAAUACUUGUUUAGGAGGCACUGUUUCAUCACUUUUGGUGUUUUCCUUCAGAAAUUGUUGAAGAAUUAGACGAUGUUGGCAGGGACGCCAUGAUAGAUGUUUUCCUAGUAAAACGAUCGCUGAUUGGUUGAUCGCGAACAAGAACGGGUGUGGGUAAAACGCGGACUGUGGAUUACGGACCGCGGUCUAAAUAAACGAUUCUGAUUGGUCCAUUUCAAGAUUUGCAAGGAUUGGUUUGCAAAUUACCACUGGAAUUACGCAGUCCGUGUUUUACCAACACCCAACAAGAACCGCUUUAAAAAAAACUCUUGGCAGUACGGCAUGCUAAAGUGCACUUGCCCGACGGGAAUAUUAAUGAUUGGAUUUACUUGCCCCAAUUUUGUUUUAACUUGCCCCGGGCCAUCGGUACAACGUUAUUGUCGAGCCCUGGGUACAUCUCAGGUCAGUCAGUAUGGUACCAGGUCACAUCGGCAUCAAGUAAUUUGCGCUGAUAGUGAAGUAGCAGUUGGUUUGAAUGAUGUUGUUGAAACAGGCAAAGAAAAACAUCAGUCCAUGGUUCCACGUGUAAGCCCGUCCAAAUAUCUAAAAAGGAAAAGGGCCCUGGACAACAGAUGUAAAUAUGUCGCUGACAUGAGCAUAAGGGAGACAAAGAAGGUAAUGACUAUGAAGAAUUACAGAGAACAAGCAGUCUUUAGGCAGAGAAAGAAGACGAGGAGUGUUGAAAAGUAUAGAAAUGAUGUCAUUCAUAAAAAUAGAGUUAAAACAUCUAGCAUCUUUAAGUAUAGGAAUGACAGCUUGCAUCGGGACAGGGUCAAGAUGUGUAGUGUGAGUAAGUAUAGACGUGACAGCUUGCAUCGGGACAGGGUCAAGAUGUGUAGUGUGAGUAAGUAUAGAGGUGACAGCUUGCAUCGGGACAGGGUCAAGUUGUGUAGUGUGAGUAAGUAUAGAAGUGACAGCUUGCAUCGGGACAGGGUCAAGAUGUAUAGUGCGAGUAAGUAUAGAAGUGACAGCUUGCAUCGGGCCAGGGUCGUUAUGCAGGGCGUCAAAAAAUAUAAAAUGGAUACAAGGCACCGGGCCAGUGUCAAACUAGCCAGUAUGAAGAAAUAUCACAGUAAUUUAGAACGCAAAAUGCGUGUCAUUGCAGAUGUGAAGGCACGAAGGCAUGCUGCAAAGUUGCGAGAGGAAGAAUUUGAUGUUGUUGUUGAGAAUUUUUUAGAGAAAGUGAAGAAUGGGCCCCAAUUUGUCUGCUGUGUGUGCCAUAGGUUGAUGUUUAAACAUCAGGUCCUGCAGUGUCACAGAGCAUUACAGCAAAAGUGCAAGUGCUUCUCUUGUGAACACGUGCAUUAAUGAGGAUUAUUUGCACAAAUUUUUGUUGUUGGAGUCUGGUAGAGGGCAGCUGUGGGUUUGCUACACUUGCCAUUACAAGAUUAGCAAAGGGGAAUUCCCACCUGAAUGUGUGGCAAAUAAUUUGGGGGUGGACCCGAUUCCUCCUGAGCUGGCUUGCUUAAACAGCUUAGAGCAACACUUAAUUGCACUAAAUAUCCCCUUCAUGAAAAUGCUAGCUUUGCCUAAAGGGGGGCAAAAUGGUGUCCAUGGGCCUGUGACUUGUGUUCCGGCCAAUGUUGUAGAAACGAAAAAUUUGUUGCCACAGUCCAAUAUGGAAGGCUCUAUGCUCCGUGUCAAACUCAAAAGGAAGCUGACUUACAAAGGACACUACGAGUACCAUUUUGUUGACAGCAUGCACAUUCGUGAAGCCUUGAGGUAUCUGAAAGAGUCUAAUGUGCAUUAUGAAGAUAUAGAGUACAACGAGGAGUGGGUCAAUGACUUUUGUAGGGAACCUGAUGCCUCUCAGGUGGAGGACAGUGUUCCUGCAGUAGAUGUCACACCGCCUCUAGAUGCAGAAGAUGAGCUUCUCCAUGAUAGACAGCAACACUGCAUGUUUCAGGACACAUGUUUAAUGCCAGUUGACAUUGGUCAGGAAGCGCUAGAUCAGUAUUACGACAAUAUAUUGAAUGUGGCUCCGGCAGAAGGCAAUAAUCCUGUGAGGUUGCUUUCUGACCAUUCGAAUGAAGCUAGAUGUUUCCCAGUGUUGUUUCCACGCGGCCGUUUCACGUUUCAUGACACUCGACAAUAUAGGCUGACGGCAUCGCGAUAUUUCAAUAAUCGUAUCAUGCAUGCUGAUAAGCGGUUUGGGCAGAAUGUGGAAUACAUAUUCUAUGCUCAGUACUUGUGUGAACUUGUGCAGGUGGUGUCGAGCAUUUCCAUUGCUUUACGCAAAGGAAUUGCUGGUUUGGUGGCAAAAAUGGCCAAGGAUUUGUUGACCAACGAUGAGUCGUUAAAGACAUUGUUGGAAUGUGACCAGGGCUAUCGUUUUCUGAAGCCCAUCAGAGGCACUCCAGCCUUUUGGCAGAGUACGCAGCGCGAUAUUUUGGCUUGUGUGCGUCAGCUUGGUGUUCCCACGUGGUUUUGCUCUUUUUCGUCUGCUGAUUUACAGUGGCAAAACUUGGUAGACUGUGUUUUGAGGCAAGAGGGUAGAACGCAAACGGCUGCAGAGUUGGAGUGGGCUGACAGGUGUGAUUUGUUGAGACGGAAUCCUGUGACUGCUGCACGGAUGUUUGAUUUCCGGUGGCAUGUCUUUCUCAGAGAGGUGAUAAUGUCUUCGAGCCAACCGAUUGGCAAAGUUGUAGACUAUUUUUACCGGGUGGAAUUUCAGCAGCGUGGUUCCCCGCAUGUACAUUGUUUGUUCUGGGUCGAGAAUGCCCCACGUAUUGAAGUGAACUUAGAUGAAGAAGUCACAAAGUUUAUUGAUAGAUAUGUUACUUGUGAAUUGCAGCCACAGGAUGAAGGAUUGACAGAGACAGUGUCUUCCGUACAGCAGCAUUCUAAGAGACACUCUAAAACGUGCAAAAAGAAAAACACAGUGUGUCGUUUCGGUUUUCCCAAACCUGUGUCAGGACGAACAUUUAUUAGCCAUCAGUUUGACGGACAGGGACAAAAAACAUGCACUUGUUAGGUUAGCCAAUCAACCGGUGUUAAAACAUGCACAUGUCCAAAAGCAUCCCAAAAUGCCGUAAACAUGAAAGCAGAAGAGGCGUCGGAAAUCAUAAAAUCCAUUAAAACAGCCCUGGCUGACGAGAACCACGCAUAUCAAAGCGUGGAACAUUUGUUCCAUAGUCUCGGUAUAACACAAAAUACUUUAGAGGCCGCACAUCGCCGCGUGGGUCGUCGUACGGAAGUCAUAAUGAAGCGUCAAAUCAAUGAGGUUUGGAUCAAUCCAUACAGCAAACCUCUGCUUAAAUGCUGGAAUGCUAAUAUGGACAUCCAGUAUGUCGUUGAUGCGUAUGCGUGCGUGGUUUAUAUAAUCUCGUAUAUUUCCAAAGCUGAGAGGGAGAUUGGAUUGCUGCUGAGUAAUGCCCAGAAAGAAGCAUCCAAACAGGCAAACGUCAGUGCCAAAGAGGCCUUAAAAGGUCUUGGCAGUGUGUACCUGCACAAUAGAGACGUGUGUGCACAAGAGGCCGUUUACCGGGUGACAAAUAUGCAUCUUAAGGAAUGCUCGCGCAAAGUAGUUUUUGUUCCAACAGGGGACAAUGUGGUCAAAAUGAGUUUGCCUGUGAGUGUUUUGCGUCAAAAAGCUUCAUCGGCCGAAUUAACAACGGAAGACAUGUGGAUGACCAGCAUUGUCGACCGUUAUAAAAACAGACCAAACGACGACACGUUUAAUGAUAUGUGCUUGGCACAAUUUGCUUCGGAAUACCGCAUCAUUAGCAAAAACGAAAGGUCGGCAUCCAAAAUAGAACUUAAAAACAACUACGGACAUGUGACAAAACGUACACGGACUAAACCUGCCGUAGUACGCUCUGCGCGCUUUUCAGAAACCAAAAACCCUGAGUUGUAUUAUCGUAGCCUUUUGCAGUUGUAUCUGCCAUACCGGGUGGAUUUGCAGUUAAGACCUGCCAACUGCCCAACAUUUGAAGAAUUUUAUGACAAUGGUGCGGUCCGAUUAAAUGAUGGGUCGAUGCAUUCUGUUCAAUCCAUAGUGGAAACAAAUAAACAACAUUUCGACAGCGACGGGGAUGAACUGGACAGCAUCCAAAGAUCUAUUGAUCACAGCGGUGUUGCUGAGGAUGCGUGGUGUCUGCUGUGUCCAGAGCAAGAAUUGGAAAGGCUACAAUGCGAAGAAGAACGCCGGGAAAAACAACAGUUGGUCGAAGAAGAGGCAGAAGUAAUACCUGACUUGGCAAAUGAAAAUAGAACCGCUCUAAACUUACAAAAGCAAAAGUCAAUGAGUCGAAAUGAUGGCUUGGCAUUGAUACGCUCCCUAAAUAAUACUCAAAUGGACAUUUUUUACAAAAUUAGACAGUGGUGCCUUGAUAAAGUAGGUGGGAGAAAACCCGAGCCUUUACACUUAUUCAUCACAGGUGGUGCCGGGACAGGAAAAAGCCACCUAAUUAAAGCCAUCCAAUAUGAGGCUACCAGGUUGUUGUCAACAAUGUGUCGGCAACCGGACAAUAUUUCUGUCUGUCUAGCUGCACCAACAGGGAUUGCUGCUUACAAUUUGAAUGCCACAACAAUACACAGCACAUUGAGCAUCGGCAAGGAUACCCGUUUGCCUUACACACCACUGGGUGAGGAAACGGUCAAUUCCUUGCGUGCCAAGUUUGCGGACCUCCAAAUUUUGAUUAUUGAUGAAAUAUCGAUGGUUGAUCACAAGUUGUUGACGUACAUUCAUGGUAGGCUCCGACAAAUUAAGCAAACCGGUGACUAUGCUGCAUUUGGCAACGUCAGCAUCAUCGCCGUCGGGGAUUUUUACCAGUUACCGCCAGUCAAAGGAAAGCCUCUUUAUGUCGAAGACGCCACUUUCAACUUGUGGACAAAUCUUUUCAGUGUUGUCGAACUGACAACGAUAGUCCGGCAAAAAGAUAAUCAGUUUGCAGCAUUGCUAAAUAGACUCCGCAAAUAUCCAAAAGGUGCGGCGUUGUUGGAAACAGACAUAGAACUUUUGAAACAGCGCGAAACGGGUGAGGUCAGCUCCGCGUUACAUGUGUUUCCAACCAAUCAACAAGUAAACGAAUACAAUCUAAAACAGCUUUUCAGGAUCUGUCCGGAGUACACAACAAUAAAAGCUGAGGAUUUCAGCCAAAACAAAAAAUCCGGUAAAUUAGAAAGAAAAGUAGGGCACCACAGCAAGGUUUACAACACGUGUUUAGAGGAAACUCUGCACAUCGCUAAAGAUGCACGUGUAAUGCUUUGCAAAAACAUCGAUAUUGACGACGGCUUAGUUAACUGGGUUAGUGGCACUGUCUCUGAUGUUCUUUUCCAAAAGGAUGACACAUUUCCGAGUAAGAUCUAUAUAAAGUUUGAUGAUGCCAAAGUAGGUCAACAAAGGCGCGCACAAACUGCUGAGUCUGUCACGCUAAAAGACAGUACAUUUAUUCUGCCAGAGGAAGAAAAAGUAACUAAAAGCGGUGGCAUGCGUCGCCAGUUCCCUCUGAAGCUCGCUUGGGCUUGCACGGUACAUAAAGUCCAGGGUGUUACCGUGAGCAAUGUAGUUGUGUCUCUAGACAGGGUGUUUUCCGCAGGGCAGGCGUAUGUUGCAUUGAGUCGGGUCACAGCUUUAGACGGUUUGAUUAUUGAAAAGUUUAAUGCCGAAAAGAUUUACUGUAAUGAUGCCAUUAAGAAUGCUGUAGGUAGGAUGCCAGCAUUUUUGACAGAAAGUGAACCAACACAAACAAAUGUACAACCACCACAUUUCACAAUUUAUUUGAUGAAUGUCCAAAAUUUGACGAAACAUGCGUCAGAUUUGGCAGCAUGUACACAGCACCUGCAGCCUAACUGCAUCGCUGUGACAGAAACGUGGCUGCCAACGGCAUGUACACCCAGCAGUGUAACCAUUCCUGGGUAUCAUUUCCAUAGCCAACCACGAUGUUUGUCUUACUCCAGCAGUAACCCUGCUUUGGUAGAAUUACAAGGGCAACAGCAUGGCGGAGUUGGCAUGUACAUUGCAGACCACCUGCACUGUAGUGUUGUCUCCGCCCCAAACUUCAACUUGGAAGUUUUACUGGUGAACUGCUCCUCACCCAGUGUGUUAAUAGCAGUUGUGUAUCGACCACCCUCCUAUCCAAUGGCGUUGUUUCAAGGUCACCUUGGCACGCUGCUGGAUUGGUUGCACCAGAAGUACGCCAGCAUUGUCGUACUGGGAGAUUUUAAUGAAAAUUUGUUAAAAUCUUCCACUAUCAGCACAUUCAUGGCUACGAAAGGGUUCUGCCAGUCAGUCAAACAUCCUACCACAGAAAAGGGUACACUAAUUGACCAUGUAUAUGUCAAAACAUCACACUUUGAUGUAGAAUCGGUUGUGAUGCCCACUUAUUUCAGUGAUCAUGAAGGGAUUUUGUGCUCUUUUAAACACUAAAUUUAAAACACACACACAUACACAUUCCACUUCAGCGUUCUUCUGGCAGUCUUAUGGUGUAAGUGUAGUGUAUAGUGUAAAAUAGGUUUAGGUUCAACCAGUGGACAAUUUACAAUCCACGAGUUUACUUGCCCACGAGAACGGUGGAUUGUAUUUGUCAAUCACUGAAUGAACGUGUAAGUGUAGUGUAUAGUGUAAAAUAGGUUUAGGUUCAACCAGUGGACAAUUUACAAUCCACGAGUUAAGAUCCCAAUUUCUGUCAAACCAGUAAAUUAACAUGUACAUAAUGUAAACAUGUAAAUAUUGUAAACAUGUAAAUAUUGUAAACAUGUAAAUAUUGUAACAUCUGCAUGUAUUUUAAAUAGUGUAAAUAUGUAUAUAUGUAAAUAUGUAUAUAUGUAAAUAUGUAAAUGUGUAUAUAUGUAAAUAGUACCUGAUGAAAUGAUCCCAGUGCUGCCUCACUCACCUGUCCUCUUGUCUUGAUAGUUACCGCCUGUCUGCCUUAAAGUUAAAUACUAAAGGGAUUCAAACCUUUUUCAACAGUUAUUUUUCUAACCAAAUUGUAUUAGUCAAUCACUGGCGCAAAAUUCAACCACUGCCCAAAAUUAAGAAUCAAAGGGAUUAAAACUAAGACUUUUCUGAACACGUUGGUAUUUUUCUAACCAGUGGACAUUUUCCAAUCCGUGAGUUUACUCUUCCGAGAACGGUGGAUUGUGUUUGUCAAUCACUGGCGAAAAAUAUGUUUUUUCAGACACGGUAAUGCAAACAAUGAGGGCAAUGUAAAUAUGUAAAUGAAUAUGUGAAUAUGUAAACAUGUAAACAUGUAAACAUGUAAACAUGUAAACAUGUAAACAUGUAAACAUGUAAACAUGUAAACAUGUAAACAUGUAAAUAUGUGAAUGUAUAUUGUGACUAACCUCUGCUCUUGUCUUUCCAGUUGCCGGCUGUCUUCAGUUCCACGCACAUGAUCUUUAUAUUAAACAUAGUAGCAGUAGAAGUGCAUGCGUAUGUUAACAUAGUAGCAGUAGAAGUACAUGCGUAGAUUUAACAUAGUAGCAGUAGAAGUACAUGCGUAGAUUUAACAUAGUAGCAGUAGAAUAGCAUAGAAGUAAAACUAAUCCCAUAAGUGCAUCAUACCAACUAUUAUAAUAGCAAUGUAGUCGUUUGCAUGCAUGUGAGUUUUCAUCAACAGGACAAGACCCCUCUGACGGUGUGAGUGUCCUCUGACAACUGCUGCAUGUGUGAAUGCUGGCUGCUUCCAGAGGAGCACCCACCGUUGCACCUUGACAUCCACCCAUUGAUGACUAGAUAGGAUACUGGUGAUUCCAGGAACUGGUCAUCGUGGGACUGCAACUGCUGAUCCUUUCCUCCACCCAUUCUUAACCCUCUGUCCUUUCUUCACCACUGUCUACCUACCAUCUCUCCAUGUCAUCCCUCUCAACCCAACCGGUCGAGACAGAAGGCCGCCCCAUAGAGCCUGGGUUCUGUCCAAGGUUUCUCAGAGUUUUUCCUUGCCUCCGUUGCCAAGUGCUUGCUCGUGUGGGGUUCAGUUGGUUCUCUUUCUAGAUAACUUCCAUAUGAUGAUUAGAAUUGGCACUAAAUAAAAUAAAUUGGCUUGACAUAA